ACAUUUCAGUUUUCCAGGCCGAGUUAGGCGUUUGGGAAGGGAGGGUCUGGAAGCGCUGGCCGAGGACUCAGCAGCGAGCAGGCUUUGGAGCACUCACAACGGGACAGCCGGGUGGCUCCCUCACCUCCACCUGUAAUGCAGGAGGGAGCAGUGGCCGGUUCUCCUGUGAGCCCCCUGGCAGCCACGCCACCCCCAGGCAACCAGGCCCAAGCGAGAUGUGAAGCUCAGGUGGACCUGCUGGGUGAGGGGGGGAUCUGCAAGCUGCCAGGAAGACUCCGGAUCCAGCCCGCGCUCUGGAGCCGGGAGGACGUGCUGCACUGGCUGCGCUGGGCGGAGCGGGAGUACUCUCUGCAGCACACCAGCGAGCACGGCUUCGAGAUGAACGGCCGCGCCCUCUGCCUCCUCACCAAGGACGACUUCCGGUUCCGUGCACCAGGUUCAGGUGAUGUCCUGUAUGAGCUGCUCCAGUACAUCAAGACCCAGCGGCAAGCCCUGGUAUGUGGCCCUUUGUUUGGAGGGGCCUUUAGGCAGAAGAUGCCCAGUCGGUACUGCCCCUACUCCCUGGAAGAGGGGACCAGGCCCUCCCAGGUGGGCCCCCAAAGAGGCCUCCUGCAGCAGCCACCAGACCUGGGGCUUACCAACUCCUUGAGUUGCCUGGAUGCCCCUGGCCUGGCCAGGGGUCCCCUCGGCAGGGAAGAGUCCUUCACCUUACCUCACUGUGCGGAGCUCGGCUGUAGGGCUGAGGGCAUCUGUUCCUUCCCCGUGAUGCCGAAGGCCCCUGUCGACGGCAGGAUCGCAGACUGCCGGCUGCUGUGGGAUUACGUGUACCAGCUGCUCUCUGAUGCCAGGUACGAGUCCUACAUCAGGUGGGAAGACAAGAACGCCAAGAUUUUCCGAGUUGUGGAUCCUAAUGGGCUCGCCAGACUCUGGGGAAACCACAAGAACCGGGUGAACAUGACCUACGAGAAGAUGUCACGUGCGCUCCGCCACUACUAUAAGCUGAACAUCAUUAAGAAGGAGCCCGGGCAGAAACUUCUGUUCAGAUUUCUGAAGAUACCUGGGAAGAUCACUGAGGACAAGGGCAGCCUCGUGGAGCAGCAGGAGAGCCAGGAGCAGGACAAGAUGGAUUUCAAGGAGAAGAUGCUAGAAGUCUCUCCGUGAGGGGCGCAUGGACUCUGGGCACCCACAGACGGGAGACUGAGUCUCCCAUGAAGGCAGCAGUGAGCUGCACGGCCUCCUCCCUCCUCCAGGGGCAGCAGGAUCCCCAGGAGGGUUUUGCACUCACAGGAUCUCAGCUGUUGUCUCGGACCUUAACGCUGCCUGGGGGACCUGGACCUGCCGAGGACUGGGAGGCUUGCAUCCAGGAUGUUGUGGAGGCAUCAUUCUUUGGGAGGGAAGCCCUGGGGCUGACUGGGGGCACAGGGCAUGAGCUCUCUCCCUGCCUUACCCCUGGCUACCUGCCCAGGGAGGGCAUCCAGCCCGGCUGCUUCAAUUUACAGAAGAAGGAAGCAGAGUUCCCUCACUGCGCCUCAGCUUGCCUCGUCUGACAAAGGGGCAUGCUCAGGAAAACCCACCCCAGGGGUCUGAUUUGUGAAACAGAGACUUGCAGAGCUGGGUGCCUCUCCCGAACCCAGUGCUGUUCCCUGUUUUCUGUCAGCGACUCCCCGACUCCCCGUGUCUCGGGUGCUCCUCAGGCAGAGGCCACGGCCCUGCCUCUCCGCCCCUGGCAUCUUCGAGGAACAAUCCCCUUGUCCUCAGCUUUCAGUCCUUCAAUGACUCCGUGACUUUGACCCAGUGAAGGUUGCCACGCCUCUACCUGUGGCUUCCUACACUUCUACACCUGCAUCUGCCGUGUGACUUUGGGUGAGUCAUUCCACUUCUCUGGAGUCUCAGGUUUGUCACCUGUAAAAUGGGGGCACCAUCCUGACCGCCUCACAGGAGAAGCGGAACACUCCAGGAAGACGACACUUGUGCUGUGCUCCGUGCCCGCCUGCUCUGUCAGAGCACUUACUCGCGCUGACUCAGCAAACUCUGCCAACCACAAGCUGCUCUAAGGUGUGAAGAUGCCUCUGCCCGCAGCCCCCAUGUCCUGACUGGGGCCUCCUGAGGGGUCGGAGCCUCUGCCCCUGCACCCCGGGGAGUUCGGGGACAAAGCGAAGGGAGUGUUUUCACGUAACCGGAAACAGAACUCCUUGGGUUUGCAUCUGCUUUCCUGGAAGGAGGAACCGCCUCUGCCGUUUGCCGCCCGCCUGUCAGAAAACCCCGUCUGGCUGAGCCUGAGUUGGCCUGAGUCACUGCACAGGGGACGCUGAUAAGGAUUCUUGGACUUUGGGACUCAAAGCUCAUGAGCAGGGAAACUCCUGGCUGAGUCUCGUCUGGGUUCUCGACAAUUCCACACCCAAAGGGGCCAGGCAGGGGGUCUCAGCAAAUAGGUUCAGCAGGAAAAUCCUUCCCUGAGACUGUUUUCUCUCCGUGACCUUGGUCCAGGUUGGACCCACACCCCAGAGCCUUUCUCAUCACCUCCAGCCCACAACGGCGUGACCAGUGGAGGGACCAUCUAGAUGAACUUGUCCAACUUCUCCUUUUGUAAACAACGCAGCUGAGGUCAGAGCGGGAGUGACUUGCCCAAGGUCACGCGGCCCGGCGGGGCCUGCUGCCCCCUAACGCUGCCUCAUUUCUUCCCAUCUCACACCUUCUUCAUGGGUCCAAGGUGUGAGGUUUACAUAACAUAACACAAUCGCCAGUCAUUUCUGCCGUUACGAUGUUGGCUUUUGCCUGCUGGUGCAUCAGUAGUUGAAAACACCUGCGUGUGCUAGGGACUGCGUGUUCGCCCCAUGCUGGGACUCUCGGGGCCAGGAGUUGUGGGGAGGGCUUGGCCGGAGUUCGCCACCCCAGGUCCCUGAUCCUUGGGCCCUCCAUUCGGCUGCACCCCCUCCCAACCUUCCAGGCACGUUAGGCCGGGCUCUGGGCUGGACACCUGGAGGCCGGGAAUAAAGGGAUUCUUCAGCUCUUCAUUCUGUGAGCAAUACUUGAGCACCCGCUGUGUACCUGGCAUCAGGUGAGGCUCUGGGUUUAACUCCAUUUUUUACAAAUUAGGUUCCUGAAAAGUCAUGAGUCACUGAAAACAACACAUGUCAAAAUGGACCUCCUCACAAAUAAUUUUAAAAAGCAGAAAAUAUAU